UUGAUUGAACAGCACUCGUAUCCUUCCAUAUCCUGGGAGGCCGGAGGAAGAAAGUUCCAGAUUUCAUAAAGUGCAGACGUGCUUGUCUGUAGUUUGAAGUCACUGCUUUCAGAAUGAUUCCGGACGGAAGAGGAAGGUACCACAAUACCGAUGGUGGAGCUGGGGGAGCCCAAGACACUGGGGUGUAUUCCCGCCUCAUGAGUGUGUCCAUCAUGUUCAUGUCUUACUUUAUGGUGCUCUGCACAUUCCCAGUAUCCUUGCUCUUCAUCCUAAAGGUCGUGAAUGAGUAUGAGCGUGCCGUUAUCUUCCGACUUGGUCGCUUGGUGUUUGACGAGCCACGAGGACCCGGAAUGUUCUGGUUCUUGCCUUGCGUGGAUGAGUUCCGCACUGUUGACUUGCGUACCCAGGCGUUCGAUGUGCCUCCACAAGAGAUGCUGACCAAGGAUAGUGUGACUAUCCGUGUCGAUGCUGUGGUGUACUACCGUGUUAAUGGACCCAAUAUCUCCAUCACCAAUGUCAAGAACCCGCACCACAGCACCAAGCUGUUGGCCCAGUCUUCGUUGCGUAACGUUCUUGGAGGCAAGACCCUCGCCGAGGUCUUGAGUGACAGAGACAGCAUCAGCAAGGCCAUGCAGGAAGCUCUUGACAUUGCAACCAACCCGUGGGGAAUUCUCGUUGAACGUGUCGAAAUGAAAGACGUGCGCCUGCCACCUCAGCUCGUGCGUGCCAUGGCCGCGGAGGCGGAAGCAGACCGUGACGCCCGCGCCAAGGUGGUCUCCGCCGAGGGCGAGCAGAACGCAGCGCGCGCCUAUGCAGAGGCCGCUGACACCAUGUCCGAAGAGCCCGGUGCACUGCAACUGCGCUACCUGCAGACGCUUCAUUCCAUCUCCGCCGAAAAGUCCUCCACCAUCUACUUCCCGCUGCCGCUUGACCACUUGGGACCCACCAGUAGACAGUAGAUAACGCUAUGCUGCCUUUGACACUGUACAGUGAUCAUGCAUGCGACUGAAACACGGGCUGGUACUGCUAGGCUGGGGGUAGCGCUACCACUACAGACCAGUGUAAUAUGAUCAUGCCUUGAAGUGGGUACUUGCUCGCAGCAGCAGCAGUACGCUCUCCUUCUCCUUGUUGUUGACCUUGAGCGUUUUUUCUUCUUCUUUUUACUUACACAAUGGACGACCAAGUGUGCCCUCUAGCACCAUGCCCUGCAUGUUGUUGCUGUGAAGUGCAUUGCUGUUGAGCUGCCCAGUGGAGUCCUGACUGUAGCAAUUAUUUUGUACAUCGUGUCACCGUUUUCUUUUCUGUACCUCUUUGCUCUGCCGUGAUGUACGCUCACUAACUGCAGUUUGUGUGUGUGUGUUCCGUCUCUCUUUGCUCGGUGCUUGUAGAGAGCUUUUAUGUACCUGGGCACUUGACAGUUGAUUCCAGUCCAAGGACUAGAGAAGCUGGGGCUGUAGUGAGUCAUUGAGAGCUUUUUUUAUGCUGUUUUGCUUUUUGUUAUUGUUUCUAAUCUUUGUUGUUGGCAUGGUUGAGGAACAUAACAGUUCU